AUGAGGAUUCAGAGUGAGGUUUUAGGAGGAUUCAGAUACAUCGGAACGCUCGACGUCCCGCGACCAACAAGCCGGGUGGAAAUCGUGGCCGCCAUGAGGAGGAUCCGGUACGAAUUCAAAGCCAAAGGGAUCAAGAAGAAGAAAGUGAGCUUCGAGGUGUCGACGGAAGGCGUGAAGGUGUCGCUGCGGAAGAAGAAGAAGCAAGCCGCCCUGGACGAGAACAAACUGCAGGUGAUGAACCAUCCUAUAUAUCGCAUUUUCUACGUCUCCCACGACUCGCAGGACCUUAAGAUUUUUUCCUACAUCGCCCGAGACGCUGCGUCGAACGUCUUCAGAUGUAAUGUCUUCAAAGCCACAAAGAAGGUGAGUUUUUUUUUUUUUUUUCGUUUUUUCGUUUUGAGGUCUUGCCGUCAUGCAGAGGAAGAAGUAAUCUUGGGGUACUAUGUUAUUCCGUUUGUGCUGAAGGCUGGGAGUGUGUUCAGUAUAUAUUUGUAUAUUUUUUUCCUUUUGUCCACUUUCGCUUUUUCAUUCCCAUUCUACUCCCGCAAAUGGCAGGACCUCAUUACGCGAUGUCUCGGGAGGCGAAGGAUGAUAGUCAAAUUGGGCGCACGUUCCGUAGAGUCGGCAAACACGACGAAAUAUUUUAGUUCGUCCUUUAAGUUCCAGGAAACAGAAAAUGGGAAAAAAUUAGGAACAGGAUAA